GUGUUGGUGUGUGAGAACUGGGCUUGCAUGCCCAUGAGGCUGUGGAGUCUUGGAGUGAUUCAUGAUUGAGGAAACGUGGUCUUCACCCCAUCUUUCCUUGGUAUUUUCCACACAUGAGGGGAAGACAAACUUCUGUUUAGAAGACCAGUGGCUGGAGGCAGAGGCUCCUUGUCCACCAUGAAGGGAACCUGUGUCAUUGCAUGGCUGUUCUCAAGCCUGGGGUUAUGGAGACUCACCCACCCAGAGCCACAGGACAUGACCCAGUGUCAGAGAGCUGAGCACCCGGUCAUUUCCUAUAAAGAAAUUGGUCCCUGGUUGCGGGAGUUCAGAGCGAAGAAUGCUGUGGAUUUCUCGCAGUUAACCUUUGAUCCAGGACAGAAAGAACUUGUUGUAGGAGCAAGAAACUACCUCUUCAGGUUACAGCUUGAGGAUCUGUCUCUUAUCCAGGCUGUGAAGUGGGAGUGUGAUGAAGCUACCAAGAAGGCCUGUUACAGCAAGGGCAAGUCCAAGGAGGAAUGUCAGAACUAUAUCCGGGUGCUUUUGGUGGGUGGCAACCGGUUAUUCACCUGUGGGACCAACGCAUUUACACCUGUCUGCACCAACCGCUCGUUGAGUAACCUGACUGAGAUCCACGAUCAGAUCAGUGGCAUGGCCCGCUGUCCCUACAGUCCCCAGCACAAUUCCACGGCUCUCCUCACAGCCGGGGGGGAGCUCUAUGCUGCUACAGCCAUGGAUUUCCCGGGGCGUGAUCCUGCCAUUUACCGAAGUCUGGGCAUUUUACCUCCUCUCCGUACAGCUCAGUACAACUCCAAGUGGCUCAAUGAACCAAACUUUGUGUCAUCGUAUGACAUCGGAAAUUUUACCUACUUCUUUUUUCGAGAAAAUGCUGUAGAACAUGACUGUGGGAAAACUGUGUUCUCCAGAGCUGCCCGGGUCUGCAAGAAUGACAUUGGAGGGCGCUUCUUGUUGGAGGACACCUGGACGACAUUCAUGAAGGCGCGCCUGAACUGCUCCCGCCCUGGGGAGGUCCCUUUUUAUUACAACGAGUUGCAGAGUACUUUUUUCCUGCCUGAGCUGGAUUUGAUCUAUGGCAUCUUUACCACCAAUGUGAACAGCAUUGCAGCCUCUGCUGUUUGCGUCUUCAACCUUAGUGCCAUCUCGCAGGCCUUCGCGGGGCCCUUCAAGUACCAGGAGAACUCUCGCUCCGCCUGGCUGCCGUAUCCCAACCCCAACCCCAACUUCCAGUGUGGCACCGUGGACCAGGGCCUGUACGUGAACCUGACAGAAAGGAACCUGCAGGAUGCUCAGAAGUUCAUUCUGAUGCAUGAAGUGGUGCAGCCAGUGACCCCAGUGCCCUCCUUCAUGGAAGACAAUAGCCGGUUUUCCCACAUGGCCGUCGACGUGGUACAGAGCAGAGACACACUCGUCCACAUCAUCUAUUUGGCCACAG